CCGUCUUCCUCGACUUUAGUCGUCGGGCAGUAGAUUCUUGUCAUGCGGUCACGGGCUAUCAUGGUUCUCGGCGUCAUUUCUCUGUUUUGGUGCUUCGUGCUGAUCUGGGCUGUUUCACGGAGGGGCUACUCGGCCGACUCGAGCUCGACGUGGCAAGGGCAACUCAUUCAGGGCGAGUCCAAGAAUCCUGUGCGCAAGCUGCCCAAGCCUGCCAACGAGCCCAAGAGUUGGGCGAAGUUUAUUGGCCUUUCCAAAGCUGAUGUCCGUGCUGUGGAUGGUUCGAGGCUGAAGGAGAAGCACAGGACGAGCGCGUCAAAGCAGAUGGGCAAGGGGUCCGGGAAGCCACGGGUCCUGAUGUUCACGUGGGCGACCGAGGACACGUACGAGAGGUUUGAGUCCAGCUACUACUGGAAGGCGUGCUACGCAGCCAAACAUGGCUACGAGCUGAUUGUGACGGACGAGAUGGACAACGCAUGGGAUGACUUUGACAAGAAGACCGAGACAGAUGGAGGAUGGUACCGCGAGUCGCGCAUGUACGCGUGGCACAAGGCCAUCACCAAGCACAUGGUUUCUGGCGAGUACGACUUGAUCUGGAUGACCGGCGCCGACACUCUUAUGGUUCCGCGCCACUUUGAUGUGCAACUGACCGACUAUUACGACGGCUAUCCGCUGACGAUCAUGGACCAGGAAUUCGACAUCUGGGGCUUUAACCAAAACGCGCUGCUCAUGGAGGCACAAGCACCCGGCUCGUGGAUAGAGGCUUUCCGAGCCAUCCAUUUUACCGGGAGCAAAGAGCACAUCGUCCAGUCGGACAACGGCAUGUACAUGAUCACUAUCCUGGAGAUGCUGGGCGCCGAGGCCAAGCUCCGCGGCGAGAAGGGCUACGCGCAAAAGUGCAACAAGCUUGCUAUCCUUGACAUGCCGGCGCCUGUCCUGGACAAUACCGACUUUGAAGAGUACAAGCGCCGCAACAUCGCCCUUGGUGAAUGCUUCUUUGCCGAGCUUGAGCGCUUGGCUGGGCCGUACAACUCCCGCCGCUCCUCAUACAUCAACCUUGUUCCACAGUCGGACCCACUUCCGUGGCUCAACUGCUGGGGGGCACCCGCUACAGCCAUCCUGAAUGGACAGAGCGGUGUUUGGCUAUCCAUCUCAAUGGACCCGUCAAGGAAGACGACGCGUUCCGUGCUGUCCUCGGGGAUGCUCCUUGUGAUGUGCCCGGCUUUGACUGGGACUCGCACCCGCUCAAUUUCCGCAACCGUUAAGUGCGAGUAUCGUGCAUGCGUACCCUACGCCAACCACGAACGCCUGACAAUGCUCCCUUCGAGAUUGUGUUUCAGAUGCUCUGGGGCAGGUGUGCCCGUACGGUAAACAGAUAGAGAUAUAUCGA